AUGUAUGGUCUAACCAAUAAGGAAGGGUUGAUGUCUUUAGGCGACUUUAACCCGUGGAUUGAUCUAAUGAAUGAAGAUUUCAGUGCAUUCUUACCUGGAGACCUUAAAUUUGAAAGUGUAGAUGAAAUGAAAGAGAUCGCAGAAGCUGUUAAGAAAUUUUACUUCGGUAAUAAACCAAUAGAUAGUAACAUGGAUAUGAAUUUCGUUGACUUUCAAACAGAUACUCUGUUUGUUUAUUCAAUGUUGAGAAAUAUUCAGUUACAAAUAGCCGCUGGUGAUACUAAUAUAUAUUUAUAUGAGUAUUCGUAUUACGAAGAUGAUUCAAAAUUCCAAGGUGCAACCCAUUGCAGACAGACCAGAGCUGUCCGUGAUGAAACAGAUGAUGGAUUUUCACAAGAAUACAUAAAUAUCAAAAGACUAUUGAGGCAGGCGUGGAUCAAUUUCAUUAAAACAAAUAACCCAGUUCUCGAUAGCUCACCAGUACCUUCUUGGCCCAAUGUGAACAAGUACGGAUCGCCACACUUAUCCGUGGGAAAAAACAUCGAGCUACGAGGACCACUGAUCAAGAAAAAGUUCUCCUUCUGGAACAGUAUCUACGAGAAGCAUUACAAAACUCCACAACCACCAAGGACAUUUACAUUGAAUUCGGAGGCAAAGAAUUCAGCGUAG